AUGAGUGCUGCCUUUGUGCAGAGUGCUGCCUUCGCAAGGAGUGCUGUCUUCGCAAGGAGUGCUGCCUUCGCAAGGACUGCUGCCGUCGCAAGGAGUGCUGCCUUCGCAAGGAGUGCUGCCUUCGCUAAAAGUGCUGCCUUCGCUAGGAGAACUGCCUUCGCUAGGAGUGUUGCCUUCGGUAGGAGUGCUGCCUUCGCACAGAGCGCUGCCUUUGCACGGAGUGCUGCCUUUGCACGGAGUGCAGCCUUCGCACAGAGUGCAGCCUUUGCUAGGAGUGCUACCUUUGCAAGGAGUGCUGCCUUCGCUAGGAAUGCUGCCUUUGCGCAAAGUGCUGCAUUCGCAAGGAGUGGUGCCUUCACAAGGAGUGCUGCCUUCGCUUGGAGUGCUGCCUUCGCAAGGAGUGCUGCCUUCGCAAGGAGUGCUGCCUUCGCUUGGAGUGCUGCCUCCGCACCGAGUGCUGCUUUCGCAGGGAGUGAUGCCUUCGCACGGAGUGCUGACUUAGCAUGGAGUGCAGCCAUCGCAAAGAGUGCUGCCUUCACAGGGCGUGCUGCCUCCGCAAGGUGUGCUGCCUUCCCAAGGGGUGGUGCCUACGCACGGAGUGCUGCCUUUGCAAAGAGUGCUACCUUCGCAAGGAGUGCUGCCUUUGCUCAGAGUGCUGCCUUCGCAAGGAGUGGUGGCUUCGCAAGGAGUGCUGCCUUCGCACGGAGUGCUGCCUUCGCACAGAGUGCUGCCCUCGCAGGGAGUGCUGCCUUCGCAAGGAGUGCUCCCUUUGCAAGUGGUGGUGCCUACGCACGGAGUGCAGCCUUUGCACAUAGUGCUGCCUUUGCAAGGAGUGCUGCCUUCGCAAGGAGUGCUGCUUUCGCACGGAGUGCUGCCUUUGCACAGAGUGCUGCCUUCGCAAGUAGUGCUGCCUUUGCUCAGAGUACUGCCUUCGCACAGAGUGCUGCCUUCGCAAGGAGUGGUGCUUUCGUAAGGAGUGCUGCCUUCGCACCGAGUGCUGCCUUCGCAGGGAGUGCUGCCUUCGCAAGGAGUGCUGCCUUCUCAAGGAGUGCUGCCUUCGCAAGGAGUGCUACCUUCGCUAGGAGUGCUGCCUUCGCUAGGAGUGCUGCCUUCGCAAGUUGUGCUGUCUGCGCAGGGAGUGCUGACUUCGCAAGGACUGCUGCCUUCUCUAGGAGUGCUGCCUUCGCAAGGAGUGCUAUAUUUAGAAAGUGUGCUGCCUUCGCAAGGAUUGCUGCCUUUGCAAGGAUUGCUGUCUUCGCAAAGAGUGCUGCCUUCACAAGGAGUGCUGCCUUCGCAAGGAGUGCUGCCUUCGCAAGGAGUGCUGCCUUCGCAAGGAGUGCUGCCUUCGCAAGGAGUGCUGCCUGCGCAAAGAGUGCUGCCUUCGCUAGGAGUGCUGCCUUCGUUAGGAGUGCUGUCUUUGCAGGGAGUGCUGCAUUCGCAAGAGGUGGUGUCUUUGGACAGAGUGCUGCCUUCGCUAUGAGUGCUGCCUUCGCACAUAGUGCUGCCUUCGCAGGGAGUGCUGCCUUUGCACAGAGUGCUGCCUUUGCAAGGAGUGCUCCCUGUGCAAGGAGUGAUGCCUUCGCAAGGAGUGCUGCCUUCGCAAGGAGGGCUGCCUUCGCAGGGACUGCUGCCUUCACAAGGGGUGGUGCCUUCGAGUGCUGCCUUCGCAAGGAGUGCUAUAUUAGCAAAGUGUGCUCCCUUCACAAGGAUUGCUGCCUUUGCAAGGAGUGCUGUCUUCGCAAGGAGUGCUGCCUUCGCAAGGAGUACUGCCUUUGCAAGGAGUUCUGCCUUCCAAGGAGUGCUCCCUUUGCAAGGAGUGCUGCCUUCAUAAGGAGUGCAGCCUUCUCAAGGAGUGCUGCGUUCGCUAGGAGUGCUGCCUUCGCAGGGAGAGCUGCCUUCGCAAGGGAUGGUGCCUACGCUCGGAGUGCUGCCUUUGCAAGCAGUGCUUCCUUCGCAAGGAGUGCUGCCUUCCCAAGGAGUGCUGCCUUCGCAAGGAAGGCUACCUUCGCAGGGGGUGCUGCCUUUCCAGGGAGUGCUGCCUUCGCAAUGAGUGGUGCCUACAAACGUAGUGCUGCCUUCGCACAGAGUGCUAAUUUUGCACAGAGUGCUGCCUUCGCACGGAGUGCAGCCUUCGCACGUAGUGCUGCCUUUACACAGAGUGCUGCCUUCCCAAGGAGUGCUGCCUUUGCAAGGAGUGCUGCCUUCACAAGGAGUGCUGCCGUCGAAGGAGUGCUGCCUUCACAAGGAGUUCUGCCUUAG